GCCAGUUCGGCGGGAACAAGAGGGAAGAACUACCGACCUAAAAGUGGCGAGCUUCCUGCGCGCCCGCGCCUUCGCCGGCGGCAAGCGGCGCGCCCGCCGGCAGUGACGGAGGGAAAUGCCCCAAGGGUGGGCCCUGACUGUCGCCCCCCCGCUUGCAUCGGGUUGCCCGCUAUAGGCCCCCGCUUCAUUCGGCCGGCCAGGUGGGCCGUUUCUUUGCUUCUUUGUUAGUUUGCAGAUAGAAAGCGCCACCCGGGUGGCGCCGACCCCGAUGGGCCUCUCGGCGGGGGGCCCGCCUAUCUGUCUCGCGUCAGGUUCAUUGGCAGCGCGGGGGACCUCCGCGGGUUAGCGGCGCAGGCGUCCGCAUUUGCCGCAGCCCGGGCGCUAAGGGGCCUCGUCGGGUGAGAUGACGCACGCAGGGCGACGUCUGUCGGUGGGGAAGGCGCCCGCCCGCGGCGCCUCCCUCUAUUUUUCGGAAGUUAGUCUGUCAGCCCCAGCGCCUGCCCGCGGGCGGUCAAGAAAGUAGAUGACUAGAAGCGGAUAUGAAGACCGGCGAUGCGCUCGCAUUGAUGUGAGGGGGGAGUGUUGUGAUCCUGCUGUGGAGCAGUUCUUUGC